UUGGAGUCUUUGUCUGAGUCAAACCUACAGCGAAAGAUUCUCAGGAUAGAUUCCCGACACAGUGUUCUUCAUCUUAUUCCUACGUGCAAUGUCCAGCUGGUAAUGUAAAUUAAUCGCUUGAAAUUCAGCCAUGGAAAUUGAAGAGCAAGAGCUCUGAGACGAGGAAACUACUAGCAGCUUCAACUCGGCCCCCCACACACGCGAUCACUCCCGACCAACAUUUUAUAACAUUGACUUCUUGCACCUCACCGGAAGCUUCUGCUUUCAAUUCCCGUUUCCUCGGUCCAUCUUCAAUCCGAAAACCCCUCUUCGGCGUUCGUCCGUACUUUUUUCCUUCGCCCAUCUCAUGAAUACCAGCCGGCCGUAAACUGGUUCUGCGUUCUGUGGCCGAAGCGCUUACUGAUGACUGUCUCCCGGAACCGGGACUUGUGAACCUUCCCUUUGAAUUCCUCUGGAAGUUCUUUGCCUUGCGAGCUCGAUGGACUUUGACGUCGGACUAAAGGAUGUGGGCUUCGCGGUGCUUCAGGAACUGUGGAACCGGGUGGCUAAGCAGGCAGUGGAGCUAUCCGCCGAGACAAGAGACGUAAUGUUUGAGAAGAACAGCUUCCAGGAGUUCUCCAGGAACAUUUCUCAGCUUAACAUUCUCCUCCGUGCAUUGGACGCGAAGAAGAUCGAAGCUGCGAUAGGCGUGCAGCUCACGGAAAUGGCCCUUGACACCCUCAGUACCCAGCUCCAGCGGGGCCGGAGGAUAGUCCAGAACUGCAAGUCUAGGAGCCGCCUGAGGGUCCUCCUCCACUCGGGUUCAGUUCUCCAGCAAAUGCAAGUACUCUCUAAGGAGAUUGCAGUGACAAUCUCGUCGUUUCAGUUGAUGAAUCUUGGAAUCAGCUCGAACCUGAAGAGCAUGAAUAAAGGAAUAAUUCAUGGUCUAAGAUCAACUGAGUUUCGAUCCUCAAUAGCCACUGAGACGAUCAUGGCAGAGAUAGAGAGAUCAAUGACCGAGGACAGAAAGGACCGUGAUAACUCCAUGAAACUACUGGAGAGGAUUGCAGAAGCCGUUGGAUCAACAAGCGGCGGCAACAUGGCCUUGAUAAGGGAGGAGCUGGCGAUACUGAAGCGGGAGAAGGAGGAGAUGGAGGCCCAGAAGAAAGAGGCUGAGGCCCUCCAACUGUCUCAGCUCAUUCAGCUGCUUUACAGCACUGAGUUGGUCGCAAGCCCGCCAUCUGCCAAUGAAAACGCUAAUAUAGCUCCCCGCAAUUACCUGGUCGAUUCCUUCGUGUGCCCUCUUUCCAAGAAGAUGAUGAGGGAACCUGUUGCAAUUCUAUGUGGGCACAGCUUCGAGCGCCGGGCCAUUGAGGAGCACUUUGAGAAGGGCGAGAGGACCUGCCCCACUUGCAAGGAGGAGCUCGAGUCUAUCGAUGUCACUCCCAACCUCACCCUUCGGGGUUCCUUAGAGGAAUGGAGGCGAAGGGACAGGGACUUGAGGUUCGAGAGUGCUGUCCAUGCAAUAGAUUCCGAUGACUGCUCCCAGCAGAAUAGAGCCUUGGAAGACUUGCAGUCUCUGAUGGAAACGCCAUCCUACACAACGAGGAUAGUGCAAGAGAAUCUCAUCUGGAAGUUUGUGAACUUUCUGAAGGACGAUAGCCUAAACACCACGGCCGCGCUGAGAUGUCUGAAUUGUUUAGCAAGACACUCUGAAGACAGUAAGGAAGCUAUUGCGGAGGCGGGGGGCCUUCGCUUGAUCAUUAAACGGCUCUACAAGGGUGAAACUGAAGUCGAUGCUCUUGGAGUCCUGUUGGAAUUGUCUACAAAAGAAGCAGUUGCAGAAAAGAUUGGGAGCACCAAGAGCUGCAUUCCUCGUUUGAUUUCGAUGCUGAAUCACAGCACUGAGGAUGUCAAGGAGAAAGCCCAGGAACUGCUGCAGAACCUCUCAUUUAACACUCACUUCGUGGUUAAAAUGGCAGAAUCGGGACAUUUUCAUCCAUUUGUUGCCCGCUUUAACCAAGGACCCCAAGAAACGAGGGCUUUGAUGGCAGCAGCCCUGUUUCAGAUGCCGCUCAAGGAGAACGGCGUUUUGGAACUGAAAAACGAGCAGUUCAUGCACAACCUUGUACAGAUGCUUUCCUCAAACUCGCCUGCAUCUAAGGCUGCAUCCCUCAAGACCACCAAGAAGCUCAUGGCCUAUCCCGAGCUGGUGAAGCUGCUUGUGGCGGACCCUGCUACAAUCCCACUCAUCCUUGGAGUCAUCCUCUACGGUAAGUCAGAUCCCCACCUGAAGGAGUCCGUGGAGAUCCUCGCCCUAUUGGUUGGGUCCAGCGAGAACUCCGAUUUCCAGGUAUUUCAAGGCUUAAAAGAACUGCAAUCAGAGCACAAUGUGGGUCUCUUCUUGCAGCUCGUCUUUAGUUCCGAUCUGCAGACCAAGAUACCUUUCUUGAAGUUGCUGGUCGAGCUUGGUCGCAAAUCAGAUGCCGCCAGGGACCUAAUGCGGUCCAAUGACAACUUCAUCAUUCACCUGUUCUCAUGCCUCAGCAGCGAUCAGAAGGGCAACAUAAGAGUUUGGGCCAUGAAGCUGAUUCACAGCAUAUCAGAAGGCCACAAUAAUGGUGUCCCACUCCCGAUUUCCCCCGGGAAGGAAACGACAGUAAAUACACUUGCGUCAAUCCUUGCCAACUCCCCUCUUGUUGAAGAGAGAUCCAUCGCUGCUGCAAUCAUCAGUGAACUCCCCAAGGAUGAUCCUGUGAUCGAUGAAAUAUUAUGCAGAUCGGAAACUCUGAAGGCCAUCUUUGAGGUCAUCUGUGCCAUGGAUAUGGAGAGUGAUCACAUUGGAAUGGAACCCUGCCAAGGGACAACCCUCUUGGAGGAUGCAUUGGCGGCUCUAUUGCGGUACACAGAACCCACAAAGCCUGAGCUCGGGAGGCAAGUCGGAAAGCUCAAGAUGUACCCUUCCCUAGUCCGUGUAUUAUCAACCGGAAGUUCACUAGCUAAGCAGAGGACUGCGAUUGCCCUAGCCCAACUAUCCCAGUCCACAGGUCCAUCGGUCUCCCUAGAACCAGUUGAAACCAGCAGCUCAUUCCAGUUCUCGCCCUUGACAAGUUUGUUAGGUAGGAUUUCUGGAUGCUGUUUGGCCUCAUCUGAGAUUGAUUACUCAUGUCCUGUCCAUGGCAUUGCCUGCUCGCCACGAGACACUUUCUGCCUCGUGAAGUCCGAUGCAGUGAAGCCCCUCGUGAGAUCAUUGAGCGAGACUGAGUCUGGAGUUCAGGAGGCUGCUCUCAUGGCUUUGGAGACUCUGUUAGCAGACCCGAUAACUCGUUCCCGUGCAACCUCCACAAUCAUUGACAGCCAAGGAGUGGCAGCAAUCUUUCAGGUUCUCGAGAAGGGGCCGUUGCCGGCAAAGUCGAAGGCACUCGACCUCCUCGAGAAGAUCCUGAGCCCAGGGCACGCCAUUGACCAAACAUUAUUCCGGAGGGUGGAAGGAUUCCUCAUCCAACUCCUCCACGACGAUGACCUCAAGAAGAAAGCAGCGCUGGUGCUUAGACAGAUGAAACUGAUCCCACACCAGUCGUCUUACUUCUGAACCGACUUCAAGCUUACACCCCGGUGGCUAUUUCAUUUUAUAUAACAAUCCCGAGUUUCAUGUACUUACACAUGUUCGAUUGUAUAGACAUCUCAAUAAAUCCAAUGCAGGUCAAAGAUUCUUUUAUUUGCACUUG